CUCUGCCAAGCUCUGAGCACAAGCAUCUGGUACAGCUGCUUUAAACUAUGAAAGCCCAGUGUGCUUUUUUGACUGUUCUGCUUAAUAAGCCACACAAGAGUGCAAAAAGUGCUAGAGACCAGCUUAACUGGGCAGAUAAAGUAUAAAGGUUCAAGAAGCAUACAGUGUUCUCCACUCCAGCUGCUCUGAAUCUUGUGGUGCUUUAGUUAAUUAAAACAAAAACCACCAAUGACAUUCCAGAGCCAAAACCACUUUACUGGUACAAGCUCUAUUUUCCAGCCUACUGCACCCAAUCUAAGUGGUUCAACCUACAGGAAAACAGCUAUCCGAAAGUAUCAGGCGCCAAGUGUCUAUGGGGGAGCUGGUGGCUAUGGCACCCGCAUUUCCACCAGCACUAACUAUGGAGGAGGCUUUGGUGGUGGCUUUGGCAGUGGAUUUCAGCUCAACACCAGCAGCAGUGACAUCCUGCUUGCUGGAAAUGAGAAACUGACCAUGCAAAAUCUGAAUGACCGUUUGGCUUCCUAUCUGGAGAAAGUUCAUUCUCUAGAAAAAGCCAACUCCCAGCUCGAAAAGCAGAUCAGGGAGUGGUAUGCAAAUAGCUCCUCAACUACAAGGCACGACCACAGUCCAUAUUUUAAAACCAUUGAAGACCUCCAAAACAAGAUUGGUGCUGCACAUCUGGAAAAUGCCCGGCUUGUCCUGCAGAUUGACAAUGCCAAGCUGGCUUCUGAUGACUUUAGAAUGAAGUAUGAGAAUGAGCUAGCAAUCAAACAAAAUGUGGAAAAUGAUCUUGCUGGACUCCGCAGAGUCCUUGAUGACUUGACCUUAUCAAAGGCAGACUUAGAGCUACAGAUUGAAGGUCUGAAUGAAGAGCUGACUUUCCUCAAGAAAAACCAUGGAGAGGAAGUUGGUGAACUGCGUAAACAGCUAGGUGGCACAGUUAAUGUAGAGGUGGAUGCUGCUCCGAGCAUUGAUCUUGCCAAGAUUAUGGAAAACAUGCGACAGCAAUAUGAUAGCAUGGCAGAAAAGAAUCGUCAAGAGGCCAAAAACCGCUUUGAUAAACAGACAGAAGAAGUGAACCGUGAAGUCGCUAUUAACGUUGAACAACUGCAAACCAAAAAAACGGAGAUCACAGAUCUGAGACGCACCUUCCAGGGCCUGGAGAUAGAAUUGCAGUCCCAGCUUAGUACGAAAAAGGCUUUAGAAGAUACACUGGCUGAGACGGAAGCACUUUAUGGUUCACAGCUUGCCCAAAUACAGGCUGCAAUUGGCAAUGUAGAGGCACAGCUAAUGCAGCUUCGAGCUGACAUGGAGAGCCAGAGUACUGAGUACAGUACUCUCCUGGACAUAAAGAUACGGUUAGAGAUGGAGAUUGCCACAUACCGACGCCUACUGGAGGGAGAGGAUAGUAGACAUUUCCAGUCAGAGAUAUCUACUAUAGAAGAGCCUGAGACUGAAAUAAAUAAAAUUAGGAAGAUCAAGACAGUUGUUGAGGAGGUGAUUGAUGGCAAAGUUGUCUCCUCUGAGACCCAAGAGAUUGAAGAGAAGAUAUAAGCAGCAUCAGCUGGGAGAUGCCUCUGAACUUCUUAGAAUUGAUGGCAAAAAUUACUUGAUUAAACUUCAGUGGGAGAUGGAUUGGACUGUUUGUGGCUACGUCUACACUGCAGAGUUUUGUCGCCAAAAGUUACUCUGCUUUAAUUAAAAUGCUUUGAUUAAACUGCUUUUGUAUGUCCACAGUAUGCUCCUUGUAGCAGCAGAGUGCAUCCACAUUAGCAGCUCUUGCAUUGACACAGUGAGCAGUGCACUGUGGGUAGCUAUCCACUGUGCAGCUGACCAUAGGGUGCUUUGGGAAGGGUUUGCAAUGCCUCAUGGGGCAGAUACAGCAUCACAUGUUAGAGUUUUCUCAAUCCCAUCAUGCCAAGGGCCCAUGGACAUCCUACUAGAUUGCCAGCUGCUUUUCAACAGAAGUGUGUGAUGGGAGGGGGGGAGCAUG